CUGUCUCCGGUGUGGGUCUGUAAUAUACGCUGCCUUAUCUUUAAACGGAACGUGUCGUAGUCUACCCAACGACCAUGCCACAUGGUGAAAGUGUUGACCAACCGGAAUAUAUGAGCAUCAUUGAAUUGAGGUGGUUAAGACCAGGAUUUAUAUAGAAGAAACUCUCCAGUCUCAGCAUCAAGGUCCACGAAGAGGUUUCGGAAGACGUUGCAUAGCAUUUACCAGAACAAAUAAUUGUGUCAGUCCACCUCAUCGAAAGGUAGCUUCAAGAAAAACAACAUCCCUAGAAAUUGUGUCCGGGAAGCCUAUGGUAGCCGACUGAGAGGUAAUUGUUUCACUCGACAAUUAAUGCGAAAAUGACAAGACUGCUGUUAAGCCUUCUAGCGUUACGGAAUGCGCUCGUAGAAAUGUUGGCACCCCUUUUACGCGGUAGACAACAUAGACAUCCUUAAGAAAAUAUUCACCAGGAAAAUGGACUAAUAAUGCUGAAGUCUUCAGUGAUGAUAUGAGAUAGAUACAGAAAUACUCAUCAGGCUCUCUUGAGAACUGGAGCAACAAUAUAUUCAAAGACAAUAGCCUACAAGUUUGGACUUUGUCUGAAGCCCAGAACCGACUGCCAAUUUCACGGAUCGCCUAUCUAUACUAAAGCAUCUUCACAGACUCGCAUUGCGAGUCUGUGAGCAGGCGAGCGAGGGACCCUGUCUGCCCCGCUGUCCAGCGACACCAUGAGCUGGAGCUUCCUCACGCGGCUGCUGGAGGAGAUCCACAACCACUCCACCUUCGUGGGGAAGCUGUGGCUCACCGUGCUCAUCGUCUUCCGCAUCGUCCUCACCGCCGUCGGGGGAGAGUCCAUCUACUACGACGAGCAGAGCAAGUUCGUCUGCAACUCGGGCCAGCCGGGCUGCGAGAACGUGUGCUACGACGCCUUCGCCCCGCUGUCCCACGUCCGCUUCUGGGUGUUCCAGAUCAUCCUGGUGGCCAUGCCCUCCCUCAUGUACAUGGGCUACGCCGUCAACAAGAUCGCUCGCCUGGAGGAGGCCAAGGGAGGCGUCCCCAGCGCCCCCGCGGUCAGAGCGUCCGGAGGUGGCGGGUACACGCACAGGAGGCCCCGGAAGAUUUGCUUCGGGGCUCGGCAGCACCGAGGCAUCGAGGAGGACCAGGAGGACCAGGAGGAUGACCCCAUGAUCUACGAGGUCCCCGAGAUCGAGCCCCCCAAACGCCCCCGCGACCCGCUCGUCCCCACGCCCAAGCCCAAAGUCCGCCACGACGGACGCCAGCGUAUCCGCGACGAGGGCCUGAUGCGGAUCUACGUGCUGCAGCUGGUGACGCGCACGGCCCUGGAGGCGGGCUUCCUGGCCGGGCAGUACCUGCUGUACGGGUUCCGCGUGGCGCCCGUCUACGUGUGCUCGGGGAUGCCCUGCCCGCACAGCGUGGACUGCUUCGUGUCGCGGCCCACGGAGAAGACCAUCUUCCUGCGCAUCAUGUACGGCGUCACCGUGCUCUGCCUCGGGCUCAACGUGUGGGAGAUGCUCCACCUGGGGAUCGGCUCCAUCUGCGACAUCCUCCGCCGUCGCCGCUGCCCGCCCCCCGAGGACGAGUAUCAACUGGGGCUGCUGGGAGCCAACGGGGGCGUGGAGGGGCCCGGGGGCGUGCCCGGGCCCGAGGUGGGCGCUGGGGAAGGCUUGGUGGGGGACGGGGGUGCCGAUUACGUGGGCUACCCGUUCUCGUGGAACACCCCAUCCGCCCCGCCAGGCUAUAACAUCGUGGUGAAGCCGGAACAGAUCCCCUAUACGGACCUCAGCAACGCUAAGAUGGCCUGCAAGCAGAACCGAGCCAACAUCGCCCAGGAGGAGCAGCAGCAGUUUGGAAGCAACGAGGACAAUUUCCCCACGGGCGGCGAGGCUCGCGUGGCCCUCAACAAAGACAUGAUCCAGCAGGCCCACGAGCAGCUGGAGGCUGCCAUCCAGGCCUACAGUCAACAGCACCGGGCCGAGGUUCAGCUGGACGACAAUCAGGACGACAAGCCCCAGAGCAACAUCAUCCAGGCCCAGCCCCAGCCCCAGUCUCAGCCUCAACCGCAGCCUCACAAGGAGCGUAAGCACCGCUUCAAGCACGGGAAGGGAGGGGGCAGCGGUGGAGGCAGCAGUAGCAACAGCAGCAGCAGCAAGUCAGGGGAGGGCAAGCCCUCUGUGUGGAUAUGAACCCUCGUGCUUAUUAAUACACACACACUCCUGGCCUCGCCUCAAGGCCCCAUGUCCAUGUGGUUAGGAUGGGUGUU